UUUUUUAUAUUUAAUCUUAAAAGUCUUGGCAUUAAAAAUAAUUUUUAAAAUGACAAAUCAAAGGAUAUCUUGUACACAAACUCUAUUGGUAUUACAUUGCCUUUCUUUAUUUUUGUUCUACGCAAACUCUCAACCUAUAAUGUUCGCCGCUCCAACAUUUGUUAAAAUGAGCAAUGGAGUUAUUUGGCCUUCUUUGUUGUUGCGUCCCACAGAUAUGGAUAAUGAAAAUAUUUUUAGUCAAAAUCCACAAGAAUUUGUAAAAGUUGCAACACCAAGAAAAAGAGCAAUUAUGCGAUUGGGGAAACGUGCAUUGAUGAGAUUGGGGAAAAAAUAA